UAUAUAAAGGGUGAAAAACGUCUCUCUUUUAUUCAUACAAAGGCUAUAUAGCAUCUCCAUGGCCAACUUAGUAUUUUUGAUCUCUAUCAUUCUUCUUCCUCACAUCUCUCUAGCAAUUUCUUCCUGCAAUGGUCCAUGCCAGACCCUAGAUGAUUGUGAAGGCCAAUUGAUUUGCAUCAACGGCGCGUGCAACAACGAUCCUGACAUCGACGAUAGCCAAUGUUCUGAGGGUGGAUCUUCACCAUCUCCGAGCAGUGAUUGCCAACCGAUGGGAAGCUUGAGUUGCAAUGGAGAAUCCUUCCCGCAAUACCAAUGCUCACCAGCAGUGACUUCCUCGACCCAAGCUACGUUGACAAACAAUGAUUUUAGCGAAGGUGGAGAUGGGGGAGCUCCAUCAGAGUGCGAUGAGGCUUUUCAUGAUAACUCUGAACGAAUCGUGGCACUAUCAACUGGUUGGUACAGUGGGGGCUCAAGAUGUGGGAAGAUGAUUAGAAUCACAGCGACGAAUGGAAAUUCAGUGUUGGCGAAGGUAGUGGAUGAGUGCGACUCUGUGAAUGGGUGUGAUGCAGAGCAUGCUAAUCAACCGCCAUGUCGUAAUAAUAUUGUGGAUGGAUCUGAUGCUGUGUGGAGUGCUUUGGGGCUAAAUAAAGAUGUGGGAGAAGAAGCUGUCACUUGGUCAGAUGCUUAGAAUUUAAAACCAUUUCAAUGCUUCUUGGCUACAAUAAUGUAAUUGUCAUUUUGAUAAUUACUUAGAUGCAUGACCACAAAAAUAUAUGUUUUCUUUUAGUGAAUGUUAUG